UGACCCGUCUCAAAACAAACAUUCAACCCAUUUUCAUCCAUUCUUCUCAAAAUCAAAGCAAGUUAAAGAUACACUGGAGUUAAGCAAAAGGCUUUACUUGGAGACUAGGCAAGUCAAGUUUUGAUUUCAAAAUCGUAGAACUCAGAUGAAGACUCAACUUGAACGCCAUGAGAUUUUGAUACUAAGGCAAGAGAAUGAUAAGCUUCGUGUAGAAAAUAUGUUUAUAAGAGAAGCAAUGAGAAAUCCAAUUUGCACUAAUUGUGGUGGUCCAGCAAUGAUUGGUGAAAUCUCUCUAGAGGAGCAACAUAUUAGGAUUGAAAAUGCCAGGCUGAAAGGUGAAUUAGAUCGAGUUUGUGCACUUGUUGGCAAGUUUUUGGGUCGACCCAUUUCAUCUUUAGUUACCUCUAUGCCUCUACCAAUGCCUAAUUCAAGCUUGAAACUUGGAGUUGGAAGCAAUGGAUUUAGAGGUAUGAGUAAUGUGCCAACAACACUCCCCUUAGCUCCUCCUGAUUUUGGAUUUUGGAUUUCAAAUUCUUUGCCAUGGUGCCAUCAACUAGACAGUCAACUGGAAUUGAGAGAUCACUUGAAAGAUCCAUGUAUCUUGAACUUGCUUUGGCUAUCAUGGAUGAAUUGGUAGUAUCUUGAACUUGCUUUGAUUUUCAGAAGAAUGGAUGAAAAUGGGUUAAAUGUUUUUUUUGAGACGGGUCGGGCAUGAGUUAAAUAGGGGGUUGGGUAAAAAUAAAAAAAAGGGUCAAUUUUAGAGGAUUUGGGGAUUUUCAUCACAAGAGGGGUUCAGGUGAAAACUUUAUUAACGACAGGGGUAUUAAUAACUUUUUUUAACAAUAAGGGUAAUGUUAACUAAUAGAUGAAAGUUAAGGACUAUUUUUGACCUUUUCCCCCUUUUAAUCUGUUAUU